GUGUUUUUUGAGCCUACACAAGCACAUGUUAAACCGGGGCAGGUACACUGGGUGGUUUUUGUCUUGGAGUUGCUCUGCCUCUUCAUGUACUCCAUUGACAUUGUACUUCAUCUCCAUUACUUCACCUUCAAGACAUUUUGGACCUGGUCGAUAGAAGAAACCAAGUGGACCAGGGUGGAAUUCAUCUUUCUUUUGAUGUUUGUGAUAGAUUUUGUCAUUUUGGUGCUGCAGCAUUUCAUGCCACACCUGCAUUGGGUUCAGCCAUUCAGAUGUUUGAGACUGGCAGCCAUAUUGUGCAAGUCAAAGAAUGUGUCCCACAUAUUUGAUGUGUGUUUGUCCAUUAUUUAUAAGUUAGGAAAGGUGUUUUUCAUAAUCUUCAUCUUUAUUGGAAUAUUCUCAGCAGUGGGUGUCCAUGUUUUCUCCCAAAGCUAUCACUGUUUAUCAACAAAUUCCAGUAUUUCAACAAAUGAAUCUAAUUCUAAUGGCAGCAGAUGUGUGGAGGAUGCAUCUAAUGUCUACACAGGUGCUUUUGAUAAUAUCGGUAUUGCUGCACUCAGGCUUUUUGUUCUGCUAACCACCGAGAAUUACCCCGAUUUAAUGGUGCCAGCCUAUGACAAGCAGCAUGCAAAUUUUAUCUACUUUGGUAUCUAUUUAUAUGUGGGGGUGUUCUUCUUGACAGCAAUAUUGCUAGCCAUUGUUGUGGAAAGUUACUGGGCAGUAGCUAAAACACAUGUAAAAAGAGAGAGAAAGAGAGAGAGGGAAGAACUGGUGAAGGCUUGGAACAUUCUAGAUCCACUUGGAGAGGGUGAGAUUGAUGUGAACGAUGAAAGAAUAUUCACCAUAUUUCAGAUGCUCAGGCCAAAGGAUUCUGAAGAAGAAAUAAGAGAGCUUAUAGAGUAUGUGGACCAUGACCAAAAUAAUGUUAUUGAUGUGUUCAACUGGACAACCAAACUGACUGAGGCUCUUCAAGUUCAAUUUGACCAGGAUGCUAAUGAUUCUUUGCAGUUGCAGGAAAAGACAUGUGCUUCAAAGAUGUCUGCAAAAGUGAAACAGUUCAUAGACUCCACCAUAUUUACAAGAGCAAUUCUCAUUUUAAUAGUAGUUCACAGUAUUCUUUUCUGUAUCAAGUGGCAUGGGAUGAAAGAAACAGACGAAUUGAUAGUUCAGGCCCUGAAGACCUGCAUCAUCUCUAUAUUUUUUGUUGAAAUCUUGUUAAAGCUAAUAGGCAUUGGCAAGCAACUGAAACAACCCCUUGAGUUCCUCGACAUUAUUUUAUCAGUUGUGGCCAUUUUGACUAAUGCAUUGUGGUAUUUUGUGCCGAGUGUGUUCCAAGAGGUGGACCCAAUGACUUACAAAGGUGCUAUGGUGGUGACAUCAUGUCUCGCCGUGUUUUGUAGGCUUGGGUUAAACUCCCGCCAGACAAAGAAAGCAGUUCUAAUUAUCAUGAAGAUUCAUCCUGUCAUGUUUGACUUGAUUGUUAUGGUGGUGAUCAUUAUGUUUUUCUAUGCUGUCCUUGGAUUAGAAAUCUUUUAUGGGCAGACAGAUUCCUCGGGUGCAUCUGUUCAACAUUAUGAGUAUGAUUGUGGUCUAGGCUUUGAAUCCCUGUGGAACUCCAUGGUGUGCUCCCUGCUGCAUACUUUUCAGCUUGUAACCACCAGUAACUGGCACGACAUGAUGAAUGAUGCAAUGAAGUCCACCAAUGACUGGGCAUCUCUGUACUUUGUGUCUGCCUUUGUGGUCAUCAAUCUAGUGGUCAUGAAUCUGUUUGUGGCAAUAACCAUUGAGGCCUUUAACAAGCUUGGAGCAGUGGAAGAACCAAGUGAUUCAGAACAAGGCCCUGAAGCAGAAACACAGGAAAAGUUUUCAGAGACUGCAAAGAAGUUUUUCACAAGUAUUCUAGCCAGUUCUAGGGAUGACAGAGAAGACCCCACUGUGCAGGUUGUGAGUCAUGGAGCUGCUGGAGGAGGGAGAAGAAUGUCCAUCCCUGCUCUCUCCAGACACAGUCUCAGUCACACAAGCCUGGCAGGUAGUAAUGUCAGGUUGACAGAAGUGAUGGCCUCCCCUCCCUCACAAAGUCUAAGGGACGAGUUGGAAGAAAGUGAGGAAGAUGACUACACAGGGCUGACAUCCACUGAAAUAAAGGAACGGAAAAUGAAAAAGAGAAUGCAGCGUCGCAGGCGGCAAGAGACUAAGAUAAAAGUGAUAAGUGCAUAUCGUAAAAAGAACGACUCCCAGUUAGACCUUCAUAUGGGAGAUGAAGUGACUAUAUUAGAAAAGAGUGGAGACUUUGUUAAGGGGACAGCUAGAGGAAAAACAGGGUGGUUUCCAGCCCACUGUGUGAAGGAGCUGGUGAAAGGAGCUAAGAGGGCCAGACGCAGACUAGCAGCCGCCACUGCAACAGUUGAGCCAACGGGGAGCCUGACACUCACGCAGGGCCAGACUUUGGCAUGGGAAGCUCUUUCUCCUGCAGCAGAGACAGUGGCACGUACUGAAAAUAUUCCAGGCUCUCAAACUAUGCCAGCUUCACUGCCAAAAGUCAACUCUUCACCAGGGAUGUUGUCCCACCUAAACAGAGCUGAUUCAUUUAAAAAUAAAGGCA